AUGACACUCAACAUGUGCAAACGAGACCACGAAGAGCGCCUCAAGGACCGCGUUGAACGACUAGAGGAGGAGGUGUCUAAUACGCAGGACCGGGUUGAAGGUAGCAAUGAGCAGCUGAGGCGCGCCUUGCUCACCAAGAAGCUAACCCAGAGCGAGGUGAACGCUCUUCGGCAGUCUCUAGACGAGAACGAGAUCAACUUGAUCGAGUAUCACGAGGAGUUGGUUUCUUGUCGAGAAGAACAGUCGCUGUUAGGGGGUCCUAGGAAAAGAAAGAAAAUAGAGAGAACGAGUACAACUAGAUCAAGCAGGUGA